AUGAGUUUCCCUGUCGGUAUAGAUUUUGGUAAUAUGCAUUCUGUCAUUGCAGUUGCAAGAAAUAAUGGUGUAGAUGUAUUGAUCAACGACGUCUCAAACCGUAGUACACCUUCAAUUGUGGGGUUUGGAGAAAAACAAAGAUAUAUUGGUGAAGAUGGUAAGACUAAGCAGAUUUCUAACGUAUUGAAUACCGUGGAUAAUUUGCAAACAUUACUUGCUUUAAGAUUUAAUACUCCAGAUUUCGAUCGUGAGAAAAAGUACAUGAAUGAAACACUUAUUAAGUUUCCUAAUGAUUUUGUAGGUGUAGAAGUGAAUUAUGCAGGGAGAUUACAACAAUUUUCAUCAACUCAAUUGGUUGCUACGUAUUUAAAUCAUUUGAAAAUAAUGGCCUUAAAUGAUAUAAAAUCAGAGAUUAAGGAUGUUUGCAUUUCCAUUCCAGUAUGGUAUAACGAAGAAAGAAGAGUAGCCUUAAUGGAUGCAUGUAAGAUUGCAGGAUUAGCUGAGGUUACGUUGGUUGAUUGCUUAACAGCUGCCGCUGUGUUUUAUGGGUUGACAAAGCCAGAUCUACCUGAAUUGAAACAAAAGGCAAAAGUUGUCGGUUUCGUUGAUAGUGGUCACACUACAACAAGUUUUGCGAUAGCUUCCUUCCAUCAGGGUAAGGUGAAGAUUUUGAGUUCGGAUUUCGUAAAAGGUUUAGGAGGUAGAGAUUUUGAUAGAGCUAUUACUGAAUAUGUAGCGGACCUCUUUAUCGAAAAAUAUAAAAUUGACAUAAGACAAAAUAAAAAGGCCUACUUCAGAGUAAUGACUCAAGCAGAAAAAUUGAAAAAGGUUUUAUCAGUCAACAAAUCAGGACAAUUAAAUAUUGAAUGUCUGAUGAAUGACAUUGAUGUCAGCACGGAGUUAACAAGGGAGAAAUUCGAAGAACUGAUCACACCAAUUGUGGUCAAAAAGUUGGAGCAAUGCAUUGCUUUAACUUUCAAAAGAGCCCGUGUAGAAAGUUUAGAUUCUAUUGAAUUAUUAGGUGGUAGUACUCGUAUUCCACUUGUCAAAAACUUGAUUGAAGAAAGAACCGGGAUUAAGCUAUCUUCUACAUUAAAUCAAGAUGAAGCUGCCGUCAAAGGUGCUGCAUUGAUUGCGGCCAAAUAUUCAUCCACAAUAGCUUUAAAGCCAAUUAAGUUUAAAAAUGUUUUAGCCCAAAAUAUAUCUCUUUAUUGGGAUAAACCUGUCCCUGGAAGACAUAAUUCUGUGGAGUUGUUCUCUAAAGUUACACAUUAUCCCGUUAUUAAAUCUAUUUUCAUCGAGGUAUCUUCUGAUUUUAUACUUGCAGCCCAUAAUGGGAAAAGGCAUAAUGUGAAGGAAAGUAUUUCAGAGAUUAAUCAUAAUUUACUGGGAUCGUGGAAAAUCAGUGGUAUUGAUCCAAAAAAACAUAUGGCUAAAAAAUCCGAAAAGAUUCAUGUGGAGUUAAUUGUGUCAUGUGAUGUUUCUAAAUUUGUCCAUGUCGAAGAUGUCUAUGUAACUGUAAAGGAUUCCAGUAAAUCUGAUGGUAAAGAAAACGGUCUCCCCAAUUAUAGGAGAAUCGAGCAUUUAAAUGUCGAAACAUUGCCGAUUUCUCCUAACCAUGCCAACCUUACCAAAUGGUCUCAACUUGAAACAGUAAUGGUUAAACAAGACCAGCUAGUAAAAGACACUGAAGAAACAAAGAAUGAACUUGAAUCAUCGAUAUAUUCUUUGCGUUCAAAAGUUGAAGGUGUAUAUUCUGAUCUUCUAGAUUCUAAAGAAAAACAAUAUAUCUUAAAGUUGGUCGAUAACACAGAAAACUGGCUAUAUGAUGACGGUGAAGAUGCGACAAUAGAAGAAUAUAACUCAAAAUACCAAAAAAUUAAGCAGAUUAUGAACGAAAUAAACACAAGGCAAUGA